GGCCGCGCGUCGGCCGCCUCCGCCGGGCGAUACCAUCAUGAGCGGCCAGGACGGGGGGGACCGGCCCCCUCCGGCCAAAGUCCGCCGCCUCCCUCGCGCCCCGCCCGAGGACCAGCCCACCCCGGACGAGCGCCACCGGCAGCAGUCGCAGCGCAGGAGGCUCCAGAAGGAAACCGAGGCCGCGCAGGCGCUGGCGGACAUGGGGGGAGGGGCCGAGGGGGGGAGCCUGGACACCGCCGCGCCCCCUGCGGAGCCCGUCGGGCGUCGGGCGCCCCCUGCCGCCCCGGGGGGCCUGGAAACGGCCGCCCCCCGCGGGAGGGCGGCGGGCCGCGACGGGCGGGCGCCCUCCCCCGCCCGGGGGAGCCUGGAAACGGACGCCGCCGCCCGGGCCGCGGAGGGGAGCCUGGAAACGGGCGGCGCCGCCACGCGGGGCGCCUCCCCGCCUGAGGGGACGGGGGAAGGCGGCCGGAAGGCGAAGCGGGGGGCCGGGGGGCGUCUAGUACAUGACAGGAAAGGGCACCCUGUCCUUGUGGGAGACCUGAAGGGGCCGGCCCCGACGGGGGGAGGCGGCAAGGGGGAGGAGGCCGUCGACGAGUGCGCCAUCAUCUCCGUGGUGGAGUGUGAAGGAGGGGAGGACGACGUCGACGACGACGACGACGACGACGACGGGGAGAUGGAGGAUGAGGAGGCCGGGGCCCAACCGCUGAGGCUGGACCGCUACCUGGAGGCCCUGGAGGCCGUGCAGCUGGAGCUGGAGGCCGUCAACGCGCAGGCCGGGAGGGCCUUCUUCCAGCUCAAGAGGAAAUUCGGGCAGAUGAGGAAGCCCCACCUGGAGCGCCGCAACCUCAUCAUCCACAACAUCCCCGGCUUCUGGGUCAACGCCUUUCUGAAUCACCCCCAGCUCUCGGCCAUGAUCAAUGACCGGGAUGAGGAUACCCUGAGCUACAUGACUAACCUGCAGGUGGAAGAUUUUACCCACGUGAAGUCCGGCUGCAAGAUCAAGUUUUACUUCCGGGGAAACCCCUACUUCCAGAAUGAGGUCAUCGUCAAGGAAUAUCAGUGUGGCUCCUCGGGUCGACUGGUGUCGCACUCGACCCCGAUCCGGUGGCUCCGGGGCCAGGAUCCCCGCUCCCAAGGCCGCAAGACCCUGGAACUGGGGCGCAGCUUCUUCAGCUGGUUCUCAGACCACGCGUUCCCGGCUGCCGACCACAUCGCGGAGAUCAUUAAGGAGGACCUGUGGCCCAACCCGCUGCAGUACUACUUGAUGGGCGAGGGUGACAGUGGGGAGAACGGAGAGGACGACAGCGAGACUGAGAACGGGGACGACUGCGUGGUGAUCGUGGAUGACGACUGCGAGGAGGUGCUGGAGGAGGAAGAGAUCCACGAGAUCAUGGAUGAGGAGGACGGGGCUGACGGGAGCGAAGAGAACAACGAAGACGAGGUAGAGGAAGUCGUCGAGGGGCCCGAGGAAGGGUCUAGGCCGGACUCCCUCGGGGACGCAGAGGGGGCAGGUACAGGGGAUGAGGAUGGCUGAGGUUGCUUCCCUCCCUCCCUCCGUCCCUCCACCGCCAGCCUGUGGUCCUCCGCCCCCUCCUGAGACCCCCCUCUCCCGCC